AUGGUUAGAACAAAAAAGCAUGUACCAAAUCAUAAUCCUGUGAGCACAUUUAAUAAAGAAAAGAAUAUUAAUACAAAUAAAACUAUACCUAAUAGAUUGCAUAAUCAAAUCAGUGGAAAAUCUAAUAAUUUGAAUAAUGGAAAAUUAAAUGGUUUAUCUCAAAAUGUUAUGAACAAAACACGCAUUAGGAGACCCCAUAGAUAUAGGCCAGGAGUUUUGGCUUUAAAGGAAAUUAGAGCAUAUCAAGCAUCAACUCAAUUACUCAUACCUAAAAUACCAUUUGUAAGAGUAGUAAAAGAAAUUACUCGCUUAUUUGAAUUACCUGAUGAACAAUUUCGAUAUACUCCUGAGGCUUUACUAGCCCUUCAGACAGCAGCAGAAGCAUAUUUAGUUAGCUUAUUUGAAGAUGCUUAUUUAUGUUCUCUUCAUGCAAACAGAGUUACACUUAUGCCAAAAGAUAUACAUUUAGCUAGAAGAAUACGAGGAAGAGAUUAA